AUGAAUUUGGAGCUGCUACCGAUUUUACUGAGAACCGAGACUAAGGCUGAUCAUGAUGAUGACGAUGAUCAUGAAGAUGGUGAUGAUGAUGGUGAUGAUGGUACUGGUGGUGGUGAUGAUGUAAGGUUGUCUGACCAUUAUUUCAAGAUGUCUGGCGAAUAUUUCAAUUUGUUUCAGCAUCAUUUCAAGAUGUCCUCGGAUUAUUUCAAGCUAUCGCAUUGA